UGGGGGCGUGGCCUGGCACUUGGCGGUUGUUGGCGCGUGACGGGGGCGUGGCCUGGCACGGCCCUCGGGGGCUGGGGGCGUGGCUUUGCUCAAGGCUGUUGGCGGCGCGUGGCGGGGGCGUGGUCUGGCGCCUGGUGGUCUAGGGCUGGGGGCGCGCAGGCUGGCCAGCCAGGGCAGCGGCAUGAAGCGGUUGCGCUGGCAGGUGGCGGCUGCGGCGGCCGUGGGCCUGGCGCUGGCCCUGGAGGUGCUACCCUGGGUGCUGCGCUGGCUGCGGUCCGGGCGGCGGCGGCUGCGGCGCGAGGUGCUGUUCUUCCCGUCGCAGGUGACCUGCACUGAGGCUCUGCUGAGGGCGCGGGGCGAGGCGCCCGCCGGGGAGCAGGCCGCGCUUCCUGACUGCUGCCUGUGCGGCCUGCCUCACGGCGAGAGCUCGCUGAGCCGCCUAAUGCGCGCCCUGCUGGCCGCCCGCGUCAGCCUGGAGCUCUGCCUGUUCGCCUUCUCCAGCCCCCAGCUGGGCCGCGCCGUCCGGCUACUGCACCAGCGCGGGGUGCGAGUGCGGGUGGUCACCGACUGCGACUACAUGGCCCUCAACGGCUCACAGAUCGGCCUGCUGCGCAAGGCAGGUACCCAGAAAGUCACACCUGCACAUGCAACCGUUGGAUCUGGUAAUUCUGGUCACAGUGACUGAGAGACCGUGGAGUCCUGGGAACUGUCCAGCUGGGCAGUGGCCACCAACGCACUGUUCCUUCUGCAUAGCCGCGGCCUCUUGCUGACUUGGGCCGCAGCCAGCCUCCCUCUCCGUUCUGGGUGGUGUGGGGCGUGUUGCACCCCGCGUAGGAACAGAGUGGGGUGAGAGGUUUUCAUAUUGAGGAUGUGCCUUUCUCUUUUGGCAGUCACAAUAGUUGCCCUCUCAAGUGUUGGUCUUUUUAACGGGGGAGGUGUGGGGACCUCCAGGCGUGCACAGCAGUUCUGUUUGAGUUGCUUUUAGAAGUUGUAGAAGCUGAGGUUUGUGAAGAACUUUCAAGAACCCCUAGACCAAGGUCCCAUCCGAUCCCCUCUGUGCUUGGCCUCUCAGUGUCCUUGCUGACUUUGAGGCUGUCCAGUGGCAUUCACCCAUUCAAGGAAGGAAUGUCCCCCAGGAGCUGGGACACCCUAGGGCACAAGGCCAGGUUCCCAUGGGGAUACCAGCUAAGUCACGCAUAUUUCAUUUAGGGCAAUAAGAAGGGUCAGGAAAACUUCAUAAAGCAGGGUGAGAAGGCAGUGGUGUGGGAGGAAGUGGUGUAGGCCAGGUCAGCUGCCCAGGGGCAGUGACACUCAGGGCAGGGACCUUGAUGACACAAGUGGGCUGUCCGGAGGGAGAGGCAUGCGGCUGGAAGGGGCAGCAGCACAGACACCCUGGGCCACAGACUGGCUUCCUUGUGAGGAGCCGCAGAGGUCCUCUGUGGCUGACCAUGGGAAGUGGUGAGCGCGCGUAGGCCGGGCUUCCCCCGAGAGGCCAGAGGUGGCAGGCCUGGGGAGGGGCUGGUGGUUGGGGCAGUAGAUCCCGGUGGAGGCAGGAGGUGUCGGCAGUGGUGAGGCUUUAGAUUGCCCACCGUUUGCAUGGCAGCACCGACAGGGCCUGCUGGUGGAGUGGCCAGAGCAUGAGGAGAAGGGUUGGAUCCCCCAGGUGAGGAAGCCACCAGGCGCAAUGCGGGACGCACAAUUAAAUGUGGAUUCCACACGCAGGGAGUGAGUUUUAGGGUAUGUUCCCAGUACUCCAUGGCACAUACUUCCCUUCAAAAAUGACUAUCUGAAACUCCAUUUAACUCGAUGUCCUGUAUUUUGAUGUGGAAAAAUCUGGCAACUGUGUUGCGUGGCAGCCUGUUUAAAACUUUUAAGCCCCAUUUCUAAUGGCCUCAUUCCUUGAGCAAGUCGUGAGUGAGGCAGUGUUAUUCCAGGGGAGAGAGACACAGGCCCUUCCCCGCAGGAAUUUGAAAGCUGGUAAGAGGGGAGGUGGACAUCACUGGUUUUUGGUGAAGGAAGCAGGGAGUGCGGAAGAGGAGAAUUCGUUUGUGCGUCAGUUAGUUAGGGCCCUUCCUCCCUUGGUGGCCAAGGCUGUACCAGUGAAGUGGGCUCUGCUCCCAGACUCCCGGGCCUCUCUGGACAGAGUGGGCACAGUCUCAGCCUUAGCUGUGGAAGAGUCAGACUCUGAAGGCAAGGAGACCCACACGCUGUCUUUGCCCAGGUUGCCUCUGACUGGGUUAGUGACAGCCUCGGCAGCAACCAGUAGCCCCGAAGGGACAUGCUACAUAGACUCAGAGGUGUGGUCUCACUCAGACCACAGCCUUCCCAGUCCCCCAUGGCCUGUGUGUGAUGCUCUGGCCCCAUGAGUGAUGUCCCCUCUGUGGUUCUCAGGAUCCCUCCUGGGAGCUUAGCCGCCACCACUCUGUGAAACAUGGUGGGCUUUCCUGGCCCAGCAAACUGGAAAUAAAUAGUAAAGCCAUUUGCCCCCAGGAAUAAUCCACACUGGAGGCGGGACUCCGGAAUGGGAUGCAAGCACCUUGUCCCUUCCACAGGUAUCCAGGUCCGGCACGAUCAAGACCUGGGCUACAUGCAUCACAAGUUCGCAGGUCGUGGACAGGAGG